AUGGAUUCAAAGAAAUGUAACAAGAUAAGAGAGGUGGUUAGGCUUCAACAAAUCCUUAACAAGUGGAAGAAAGUGGCAGCUGCUUCUGCUUCCAACAACACUAAAGGCAUCAAGUUUUUAAAACGAACCCUCUCAUUCACCGACUCCAACGAUGUUGUUCCAAAAGGCUUCCUAGCUGUUUGCGUAGGGAAGGAGCUCAAGAGAUUCACUAUUCCCACCCAUUACUUGAAACACAAAGCGUUUCAGAUGUUGCUUCGACAAGCCGAAGAGGAGUUUGGUUUCCAGCAAGAGGGUGUCCUCAAAUUCCCAUGCCAAGUCUCAGUGUUCGAGAAAAUAUUGAAGGCCGUCCAAGAUAACAAUGGAGACAAAGAUAAUAUUAGUUAUUCUGAACUUCAUCAUGCUCAAACGUGUACAUAGAUCUACACCACCCCUUUCUUUACUAGUUUUCUUUGUUUCUUAGAGGCUAUGCAUGCAUCAAUUACAAAGUAGUGCAAG